UUUAGGGGGGGGGGUAGCACUUAUUUAUGUUUUUGGUUUCUCAAACCCCCCACACCACUCCCUCAACAACUUUAUACCCAAAUAUUCUUGUUUUCUGUUACUAUGGGGGUGAGAAUAAGUCAUGGACUAGCUGGAAUACCUACAUAGUACCGUCAGACCAUCGAAUCAUAGCCCACCCAAGCCAAGUUAAGAAUCAGUAGCUGCCUUGAGCUGCCUGUUAAAUAUCUUCAUGCUCGAGCAUUACGAACCC